AUGGCGACUAUGGACACCAGCGGCUUCAGUCAGGUUGGGCGCUACGGUACAAUCAGCCUAAUGAAGCGCCACGAACCCAAUACUGUCGUCACGGCAUUUGGUGUAGACUCGGAAGAAUUAACGUUUGGAAGGGAUCCUGGAUGUAGUGUGAGACUCUACUAUCCAGAAGCAUUCCUUGUUGUCUUGGGCGAGGCUGGCCUCUUCAUCGAUGGUUGCAAAGUCUACCCAAACAAUCCGGCGGCUGGGUCUUUGAUGACCAUACCACUGACGAACAACUCGGAGCUUGAGAUUCACUACAAACGUUUUCGAUUUUCAUACCCCCCCAAAGAUCUCCGCGCCACGCUCAUGGCAUCGCCAGCUCCACCAAGAAACCGCGCACUUCGGCUCUCAAUGAUCCAAUCUGCUCAAGUAUUCACGCCUAGACCAUCGAAAGACCCUCGAGAGAAUCUGCGUGUCCUACAGAGCCCUUUAAAGAACACAUUCAAAAGCUUUAGCAAGCCAUCAUCCCUGUCCAGACCGCCCUUGAACGCACCCGAGGAGGAAGGAGAAAUCGUCCUUGUGGAUGGGAACCACCCCCUUGUCGUUGAAGAAGAACGGGACCUUGUUAUAUUAGAGGACGUUGAAGUCCAACCCCCCGCGCCACCUGUGCCACCGCAAUACCAGGCUCCACCUCAGACGCCACAACGCAAACGGUCUCUCUCUCGAAAUACCCUGCAUCGAGCAGUGCUCAUUCGGAGCGCACAGAGAGCUGUUUUACGCGCCGAAAAAGAGAGAGAGGAAGAAGAGGAAGAGAUGGAGGUUCUCGGAGCCGUGGCUGCCAAUGUCGAGGAGAGUGAUGAGGAAGCAGAUCAAAGUGGCGAAGAAGAGUAUACCGAUGAAGACGAGGACGAGGAAGAGUCGGAACAGCAGACCACAGCACAGAAGUCUCUAUGGAGAAAGAGUUUGGAGCGUAUUUGGCCGUUUGGAAGCUCUAGUGGUGCCGAAGAUGAAGUUGAUCUCAUGGUGUAUUUGAAGGACGAUGGAGCCGAAUCUAACUCCGAUUCUGAUUCUGAGACAGAGCAUACCCCAAUCAACGAGAUACCCCAGGACGAUGAACAAGAUGAUGCUGAGAUGGAGGAAGAGGAAAAUCUCGCCCCUCUACCUACUGUCCCCAUGCAAACUCCCGCUCGGCGAGUCCUAGGCUCCUUCAUGACACCCCAGGCACGAGGCCCGACUCGUACCACCUUCCCUAACUCGUCCGAUACUGGCCAAGCUCCCCCGCCACAACUCGCUCCCGGUGGGAGUGUAGGGCGCCUCUCUCUUGGAGGCAUUGAGGCCAAACGAGUGCCCCUCCCCCAGACAUGGCGCGUCAGGGACAUUGUAGUGCCCAUCAAUCCCGCUCCGCCGUCCACACCUCAGGGAGUCAGGAGGGGAACAGGUUUCUCUCUCCAACAGACUACACCCCGUGCCGUCGGAUUUUCUGGAAGACAGACCCUCACGGAGGAAGAACGGAAAGCCAUACAAGAUCGCAGGCGCAGUGCCUUGCGCGAAGCGGACACUUUUUUCGUUGGUGGUGUUCCGGGAAUGUCGCCAUCCAAGCCAACGCCCGCCUCCUCCUCCUCCUCCGGGUUUGCUGCGUCGAAUUCAUCGUCACCCGUGAAAUUGACAUCCAACCUGUUUGCCAUUCGCUCUCCUGUGAAGCCGGGUCAAGCUGCAGAUAGGAGGGAGAGCACAGGGGACGAUGAAGAUGAGUUAGACACGAGGAGCCUCUUGGAGAGGAUGAAGGAGACAGUGGAGGGUAUGAAGAGAAGGAGGAGUAUGGCACCAGGAGGCGGCUUGGAUAGUACUCCCCGUCCUGGAAGGGAGUUCUCAACUCCUAGAGAGAUUCCUUCUACCCCUCUUCCUGCUCUCUUUGCGGCUGCGGCGGGUCCCAUAAGUGUAAAGCGUGAAGACACUAUGAAUGAGCCGGUCGAGGACAAGGAGCUCAAAUCGGCGAAAGACGUACCUUUCUCCUUGUUAGCUCCUGGAGCAAGAGAGGAACUCCUUACAAGGAGGCAAAGCGUAGUCGUGUUGGAUCAUGCUUCUACCGUGCCCGUGGUUAUUGAUGCAGCUUCGGACGAUGACAUGAAUGUGGACGAGCCUUCUACGGAGAAGACUACCACCACAAAAGAACGUCCGAAAGCAAGGCUUCUACGGUCCAAGAAGAGUGCGGCUGAACCAGAAGAGGCAGAGGUGCCUAUCGAAGAGCAAGAGAGCGCAAAUCUCAAUCUUGAACCUAAAACGAAGGCUAGAACUGGUGCUAGACGAGGUACCACUCCCCGCGUACCAACUCCACAACCUGAACCUGAAGUUGAUGUCAGAGAACCUGACGUUCAUGAACCCAAGCUCAAGGUGCCUAGUUCUCGUCGGACCCGGACGCGUACCGCAGAUCCCGAAGAGACCCCAGUUCCUCCUCCCGUGGUCGCUAAGAGAGGGUCUUCCAGGAAAGCCACCGUCGAACCAGAGGCACCUGCUGCCCCUGCACGACGCGGUCGCAAGGCUAUCGCUGAGCCUGAACCCGAGGAGGGACCGGAGGCGAAAGCCGUUGUUAGGAGAGGUCGGAAGCCUGCUGCAGCUGUCAUCAAGGAGGAUGGGAAUGAAGAUGCAAUUGUCCCUGCACCUUCUACGGUCAAACGGGGUACCAGGAAGGGUGCUUCGACCCCUACUACAGAAUCAACGAAGGGGCAACCAACUUCGUCAAAGCCAGCUACUGCAACAAAGCGAGGGAAGAAGGUUUCGGUUGACGAUGAGGCCGAUCCUCUAGCGAUCGAAGUCCCUGAAGAUGAGACGCCAGCUCCGAAGGCCAAAGGCAAAAAGAAGGUCGUGGCUGUGAAACAGGAGGACGAGCUGGAAGACCAUGCCGCUUUGCCUCCACCACCAAGCAAGAAGCCUGCCAGAAAAGCCACGGCUACCAAGACUCCAGCUGCGAAAUCGCGAGCGAAGAAGACGCCAGCUAGUGCGCCAGCAACCAUUGAAGGCGAGGUAGAUAAGGAGAAUACGCCAAGAUCGAUGUCGCCUGCUACGCCUGAGCUUGCUGAGGAGGGGGCUGUGAAAGUUAGAGUUCCCAGGACGAGGGGAACGAAGGCAGGUGGAGCUGGGACUUCGAAGACGAAAGUUAAGGUAGAGGACACUCAGGAGGUUGAUGAGCCUGCGAGAGACACUAACACCACGAAAACACCAAACAAGAACUACCCCAAGCAGGGUGAAAAAGUCGGUGAAUUUCGUUCCACCGCAAUCGACCAACUCGAGCAAUUAACCAACCCGGAAAGGGGCAAGGACAGGGCAAGGAACACAAAUACGUGUAUCGGAAGCGCAAACGAUGCCCGGGUGGGAAGUGACGGAUACGCGUCUAAGAGGUGUUGCACAUCAUGGAGAGAUGACUGCGGAAACGAAAAUCAUCAACUCAACGAGUUCUAUUUCAAGUUGCACCAGCAAAUACUCGGAGAUUCAAUAGCGCUCGCGGGUGAUUGGUCAUGUAAAAACUUUCUACUAGGUGUUCCCAAACUAAUGACUACCGACAAGGAGGAAGCCUUAACACCAUCAAUUGAAAUUGUCGGCGGUACUGGGAUGUUGAAACAUGUGGUUGUCAAGACGCCAGCUUUUGCCCAGCGACCGUUGAUGAUAAUGGAAAAAAUUCUAAUUGAUAUGGAUGACAUUCCCGAAACUCUUCGAAAAUGCGCCCUGGUCAAUUCCUUCUUCCGAGCUGUCGCACAGAAACGCAUCUUUUCAACUGUUGAACUGGUCCAUUAUGACCAGUACAGUCCACACCCUCCGCAUAACCAAAUAAAAUUUUUGGAUGUCCUCAAUUCUGCACCACACCUGGCUCUCCACGUCCGCUCAUUGCAGAUCCGAUACGUCCAAACCAGCCAGCGCAACGUCGUGGAUUGGACUGCUGUAUUCAAUGAAGUAAACGAACCGAGUGACAAUAUGAUCUCGUCUAUCCUUCCCCUCCUCACGAACGUGCGCAGCAUCAGCCUCGUCGCAGAUCAAUUCCACAGAUGGGGGACGUUAUGCCCCAACGUCAGAUCUGCCCUUAUCUCUUCCUUUCACUCUUCUUCAAUAACCCAUCUCCAGCUCGGCAACAUCGAUGGGAUACCACUUUUCACAGCUUUGGCCGGAUGCAAGUCUCUUGAAGGCUUAUCACUUUUUGGUUCGACGAAUGCCACUUGGGGACUUCCUCCAAGCAAUGUUGAACUUUUACACCAGCGAAAAUCUUGUCUUAAAUACCUGGAAGUGAAGGAGAUUCCGUCAUUCGACAACUUUGUGCUACACCUUCUUGACCCGUCUAUGAGCCCGGUUAAUGUCUUGCAUUUGGAAAGCCUUGUCAUUCAAGCAAGACCCGGAGAGGGUGACACAGGCAUUCCACAAUUGAUUGAUGCUUCUCACCGCACACUCAAGUACCUGGCCUUGUAUCAAGGGAAUAGAUACUGCGGAUUCCCUAUUUCGGCGCCCACACCCCUCACUCACAUCCCUCAUCUGCAGCGCCUAGACGUCAGAUUUAUACUGAUGAAACCGCUUGACCCCCCUUCGCGUUCAUGGCUUUCAAAUCUUUUGGAGACCAUCCCACCAACGAGCGAAUUGAAAGAGUUGAACCUCACAAUCAACAUACUGCGCCUGCCAGUGGAGGCUGUUUCCGAGUCCGACCUGAGAGAUUGGAUGUCCUGGGCCGAUUUUGCCUUUGACCCUACUUCAAAACAGGUUAAUGGCCUUGAUUUGAUCCAGUUCAUCAUUCCUAGAAGUGAGGAAGACCUAGCACAAAAACUUAGCUUAGUUUUUGAGGAGGAUAAACAGUUGGAGCCGCUGCGACGAAAAGGUGUACUUCGUGUAAACUUGGCAGUAACGCACGUGACCUCAUGCCACAAGUUGCCACUCUUUGCCACUCGAACCAGCUUUCAAGUUCAACGUUCGACGGCCACGCCCAUGACUGCAAUCUCCAUGUUCGAGACACUACAACCAGCAUUUCCUUUCGAGAUCAUGGAAAAAAUAUUGAUCGAUGUUGACGACAUUCCCUGGACUCUUGAAGAAUGUGCACUUGUUAAUUCCACCUUUCGCAAAAUUGCACAGAAGCGUCUCUUUUCCACCAUCGAACUGAUCCACUAUGAUCAGCAUGGUGGACCCCAUCCUCCGCAGAGCCAGAUAAAUUUCCUCGACGUCCUCAAUUCUACCCCACACCUGGCUCUUCACGUCCACACACUGAAGAUCCGGUAUGAACAAACUGGAAGCCUCGAGUGGGAGGUUGUUUUUGACGAAUUAAAUGAACCGAGCGACAACGCGAUCUCGCGAAUUCUUCCGCUUCUCGUGAACGUGCGCAACUUCAGCCUCAUCGCCGAUCCAUUUCAUGUAUGGCACACAUUGUGCCCCAGCGUCAGAUCUGCCCUUAUCUCCGCCUUUCACUCAUCUUCAAUAACCCACCUGGAGUUCAACGCCCUCGAUGAGCUCCCACUUUUUACAAUUAUGGCUGGGUGCAAAUCUCUCGAAAGCUUAUCACUUACCGGCACCUUCGGGGGUGAUACGGCCUGGGGAGAAGUGACUCCCAGUACUAUGGAACCCGUUCACCAGCGAAGGCCUUGUCUUAAAUCCCUUCAAAUGAUACAGAUUCCAUUUCUUGAAGACUUCGUAAUGCGCCUGCUUGACCCAGAUACCACUCCUGUUAAUUCUUGGAAUCUACAAAACAUUCUCGUUCAAGGAGAGCCUAUAGGGGAUCACGCGGGACUUGUGCAACUACUCGAUGCUUCUCAUCGCACACUGAGACACUUGACUUUGCUUCAAGGAGACGAAUACUUCGGGGUUCCUAUCACAGCUCCUGUACACCCACCUCUCGCGUGCCUCUUUCAACUUCAGCGCCUAGAUCUCAGAUUUAUAUUUCGGGCACCGCUCGAAUACAGCAAUGAUAACUCCCCAUCGCACUCUUGGUUGUCAAAUUUUCUGGCAACCCUUCCCGAACAAAAUGAAUUCUCAGAGUUGAACCUCAUGAUUGAAGCACGCCGGCAGGAGGAUAUCUCUGAUUUGGACCUGAGAAAAUGGAUGUCCUGGGCCGACUUCGCUUUUGACCCUGCCUCGAAACAGAUCUGCCGUCUUAAUCUGAUCCAGCUCAUAAUUUCAUCGGCUGAUCGAGACUUUGCUCAAAAGCUCAGCCUCGUUUUCGAGGAGGAUGAACAUCUAAACUUCUUCGGGAAAGAGACGGUCCUGUCACCCGGCAAGCGCCGACGCGCGCCAAGUCAGGGUGCUGAACUGUCCCUCGGUGAUCGGACUGUCUCCUCAGGGUCCAUCCCCUUUUGGGAGAGUGUCACGUGCUUUCGCGCCCUUCCUCUUGCGCGUCGCUCACCGACUCCUCAUUUCAGGUCGACCGCCUGCGACCCCGCGCCUAACGCUAGCCUCGGGGACGACAAAGCGUCACCAAAAGAUGCUGUUCAGCAAACUCAGGAGGAGCGAGAGCGUAUUCUUCAAUGGGCAAGAGACAUCGUCAAAAAAUAUCCCUACCAGCCACGGAAAGUGCGACAGGAAGCUGCUCGUGCAAAGAUCUGUUGUGUGCCCACAAGACCGAGCCGCAAAUGUGAACAGCUGGCUGCCACAUCUCAUAAAUGGGGGAGAACCCAGCAGCCUAAAUGCCGAGUAGGAAUUCACUUGUCAAUCACAAUUUACGGCAUUGGACCUUGUCCCGACAAAAUCGAACGCUGA